GCCACUAUGACCCCCACACACUCUCUCUCUUACUCCAUCAAGUAACGGUGGGGCCCACCAGGAGUUCUUCAGUUGUUGUUGUUUCUCUUCUUCGUCCUCCUUCUCCACGCAGUAUGGCGUCCAACCGCAACGGCGUCCAAAGGGGAAGCGCUAAGUUCGAUCGUCCCCUCAAGCCCCGCCUCCGCCCCUCCUCCCCCUCGCCGGGAUCCGCCCUUCGCCGCCCCGCCAGAAACUCCCACGCCGUGCCUGGAAGAGUUCGAGUGGCUGUAAGAUUGAGACCACGAAAUGCUGAAGAAAUGAUGGCGGAUGCUGAUUUUGCUGACUGUGUUGAAGUACAACCAGAGCUUAAAAGACUGAAACUUCGUAGAAACAAUUGGGAUUCGGACACUUAUGAGUUCGAUGAGGUGCUUACCGAAUUUGCUUCACAGAAACGCGUCUAUGAAGUUGUGGCUAAGCCAGUUGUGGAGAGUGUUCUUGAUGGUUACAAUGGGACUGUGAUGGCUUAUGGUCAAACUGGAACUGGGAAAACUUUUACCCUUGGACGACUAGGGGAUGGUGAUGCCUCUGAUCGUGGUAUCAUGGUUCGUUCCAUGGAGGAUAUUUUUGCCGACUUAUCUCCAGAUACUGAUUUUGUCACAGUCUCGUAUCUACAGCUUUACAUGGAGACUCUCCAGGACUUGCUUAAUCCAGCAAACGAUAAUAUUCCUAUAGUGGAAGACCCAAGAAAUGGUGAUGUAUCUUUGCCCGGGGCAACUCUUGUAGAAAUCACAGACCAACAGAGUAUUUUGGAGUUGUUAAGAGUAGGGGAAGCUAAUCGAGUAGCUGCUAACACAAAAUUGAAUACCGAAUCUUCCCGCAGUCAUGCUAUUCUGAUGGUACAUAUUAAGAGGUCUGUCUUGGAAAGUGAGGAUAUUGUAUCUAGUCAAAAUGGUGAUGCCUCUCACUUGACUAAACCUUCAAAACCGCUUGUUCGGAAGAGCAAGUUGGUUGUGGUAGAUUUAGCAGGUUCAGAACGUGUCCAUAAAUCAGGAAGUGAAGGGCACAUGCUAGAGGAAGCUAAAUCUAUCAAUCUUUCACUUAGUUCACUGGGAAAAUGUAUUAAUGCUCUAGCAGAGAACAAUGCUCAUGUUCCAUUUCGCGAUUCAAAGCUCACCAGGAUGCUUCGUGAUUCUUUUGGAGGCACAGCUAGGACUUCAUUGAUUGUGACUAUUGGCCCAUCUCCACGUCACCGAGGAGAGACUUCUAGUACCAUAUUGUUCGGCCAAAGGGCGAUGAAAGUUGAGAAUAUGCUGAAAAUAAAGGAGGAAUUUGAUUAUAAAAGCUUAUCUCGAAAGCUUGAGAUACAAUUAGAUAAGCUUAUUGCUGAAAAUGAGAGGCAGCAGAAAGCUUUUGAGGAUGAAGUUGAAAAAGUAAAUUUGGAGGCACAAUGUCGUAUUGCUGAGGUUGAGAGGAAUUUUGCAGAUGCACUAGAGAAAGAGAGACUAAAAUGCCAGAUGGAGUACAUGGAAUUGGUUAAGGAGCUGGAGCAGAAGUUGGUGUUGAAUCAAGAAAGACAUGACUGCAAUAAUUUUGUGGCUGAUAAUGGAGAGGGGCCUGCAUCAUCGUCUGCAGAUGAAGUUGCUGAGGCCAAAAUGCUGCUUGAAACAGAAAGAAAUCGGAGAAAGGCAGCUGAAGAAGAGGUAGAACGUCUAAAAAGUCAGUUGGGGAAACAUACGCAAGCAGAGGCAGAAGAUGUAGAGAUUAUAAAGCUUCGCAACAUCUUGGAGGAUGAGGCUAAUCAGAAAAAAAGACUUGAAGAAGAAAUAAUAAUACUACGAAGUCAAUUAUUGCAAUUGAAUUUUGAAGCUGAUCAGAUGAGAAGGUGUUUGGAAAAUGGAAGCUCUGGGAGCACAUUUUCUGCCACUGAUUCCUCCAUGACUCAAGUUAGGCAUUCCCAAUUCAAGGACACUGGGAAUGGUCAGAAGUCAUCUGUUGCUACACUCUUUGAGCAAGUUGGAUUGCAAAAGAUUUUGUCUUUGCUGGAGUCAGAUGAUGCCAAUGUACGAAUUCAUGCUGUGAAAGUGGUGGCCAACCUAGCAGCUGAAGAGGCUAAUCAAAAGAGAAUUGUUGAAGCUGGUGGUCUUAGUUCCUUGCUGAUGCUUCUUCGAAGAUACGAGGAUGAAACUGUUCGCAGAGUAGCUGCUGGGGCUAUUGCCAAUCUAGCUAUGAAUGAAGCAAAUCAAGAACUUAUUAUGACUGAAGGAGGAAUUACUCUGCUAUCAAUGACUGCAUCAGAUGCUGAAGAUCCACAAACUCUUCGAAUGGUUGCUGGGGCAAUUGCUAAUCUAUGUGGAAAUGAUAGAAUAUUGAUGACUCUCAGAUCUCAGGGAGGUAUAAAGGCUUUACUUGGAAUUGUGAGAUGUGGACAUCCUGAUGUCCUUUCCCAAGUUGCACGAGGAAUCGCUAACUUUGCAAAAUGCGAGUCUCGAGCUUCUAAUCAAGGGAUAAAAAGUGGGAGAUCUUUUUUGAUAGAAGAUGGUGCCCUUCCGUGGAUAGUACAAAAUGCUAAUAAUGAAGCAGCACCAAUCAGGCGUCACAUUGAGCUUGCACUAUGCCACUUGGCACAGCAUGAAGUGAAUGCAAAGGACUUGAUUAGUGGAGGUGCUCUUUGGGAGCUUGUUCGGAUAUCACGAGAUUGUUCACGAGAAGACAUUCGGAAUCUUGCUCGUAGAACUCUGAGUUCUGUAUCAACAUUCAAAUCUGAAUUGCGGCGAUUGCGUAUAGAUUAUUGAUUGCAAAUCUACUACUACGUGGUACUCGAGAAUUAUUGCUGGUGGCAUUUGUUGAAUGCUAUUUUUGGGUUCAGAGAAGCAGCAGCAGCAGCAGGGGUUUAGCAUCUAGCUAGCCAUUACUGACAAGAAUGGGAAGGGUAGAGAGAGAAGAAUGUUUUGUUAAACACCCAAUAUUGUAUUUAUUGAUUUAUGUAAGUAAUUAAUGAAAAUUAUUUUUUUGUUGGCUGAACGAAAGUAUUCGUUCUCAA